GACGAGGGCGGCGCGGAGAGCGGGGCCAUGCGGGCGAGCGCGGAGGCGGCGAGGCGCGCAGCGAGCUCCCGGAGCGGCGCGGCCGCGGCGGCGCAAAGUUAGCCCGGCGCCCCGGGACGAGCGCCGCAGCCUGGGCCAUGGGGGAGCACCCCAGCCCGGGCCCCGCCGUGGCCGCCUGCGCCGAGGCGGAGCGCAUCGAGGAGCUGGAGCCCGAGGCCGACGAACGACCGCCCGCCGCGCCGGAAGACCACUGGAAAGUCCUGUUUGAAAAGUUUGACCCUGGGAGCACCGGCUACAUCAGCACGGGAAAAUUCCGGAGCCUUCUGGAGAGCCACAGCUCUAAGCUGGACCCACACAAGAAGGAGGUGCUCCUGGCUCUCGCAGACAGCCACGCAGAUGGGCAAAUCUGCUACCAGGACUUUGUCAACCUGAUGAGCAACAAGCGUUCCAACAGCUUCCGCCAGGCCAUCCUUCAGGGCAACCGCAGGCUGAGCAGCAAGGCCCUGCUGGAGGAGAAGGGGCUGAGCCUCUCGCAGCGGCUCAUCCGUCAUGUGGCCUACGAGACUCUUCCCAGGGAGAUUGACCGCAAGUGGUACUAUGACAGCUACACCUGCUGCCCUCCGCCCUGGUUCAUGAUCACGGUCACGCUGCUGGAGGUGACUCUCUUCCUGUACAAUGGGGUCCUCCUGGAUCAGUUUGUGCUGCAGGUGACGCAUCCCCGGUACCUGAAGAACUCGCUGGUUUACCACCCGCAGCUCCGAGCACAGGCAUGGCGCUACCUGACCUACAUCUUCAUGCAUGCAGGGGUAGAACAGCUGGGACUCAACGUGGCACUGCAGCUGCUGGUUGGGGUACCCCUGGAGAUGGUGCAUGGAGCCACCCGGAUCGGGCUUGUCUACGUGGCUGGCGUUGUGGCAGGCUCCUUGGCUGUGUCUGUGGCUGACAUGACCGCACCUGUUGUGGGCUCUUCCGGAGGGGUGUAUGCGCUCGUCUCCGCCCACCUAGCCAACAUUGUCAUGAAUUGGUCAGGCAUGAAGUGCCAGUUCAAGCUGCUUCGGAUGGCUGUGGCCUUGAUCUGUAUGAGUAUGGAGUUCGGGAGGGCCGUGUGGCUCCGCUUCCACCCAUCGGCUUAUCCCCCUUGUCCCCACCCAAGCUUCGUGGCACACUUGGGUGGCGUGGCCGUGGGCAUCACGCUUGGCGUGGUUGUUCUAAGAAACUAUGAGCAGAGGCUGCAGGACCAGUCGCUAUGGUGGAUUUUUGUGACCAUGUACACCAUCUUCGUGCUGUUUGCUGUCUUCUGGAACAUCUUUGCCUACACACUGCUGGACUUGAAGCUGCCACCGCCCCCCUAAGGGACUGGAGGACCGAGGCAGGGAGGGGAGGAAGCAGAAGCAUCUAGAGGAAAUACCUGCAUCUGUUUGUCAUCACCAAUCCGGCGAGACGGGGGAGAACCAGAGACUCUUUGAGCUGGGCUGCAUGUGUUUUGAUUUGGAAGGAUGGUGGGGAGAUGGAUGUGGCUGCUGUCAUUUUCCUAGGCUAGUCUGAUGCUCUGGGGCCAGGGGGAAGGCUGGGGGAGGGUGAGAGCGGCUGGCCCUGUGGCUUGGCCCUGUCCCAUGUGCUCUCCUCUUACUGCCACAGAAUGAGCAAAUAGCACUCUUGCUAGUCUUCUACCUGGAGAGACACUGGGACAAACGGAAGGCCUGAGAAAGCCACAGCCAGGCAGCACCCCCCCCCCAACCCAGAGGUAACUGUAGGCUAGGUCAUGUUCUCUCUGUGGCUCAAGGUGCUGGGCAUUUUGGCCUUGAUCUGGAGGAGCCCAGAGCACCCCAGGCUCAGGUCCUGAAAAUGGGUGCUGUGCCAUGGCCCCUAGAGCUGGGCAGGGAGAUACCAUAAGCUCCAGGCCUUAUUUUUGCCCUGGGGGAUCUGAGAGGGUUCCGUGUCUCUGGCAAUUAACUUCAACCUACCUUCCCAAUGCCCAGGACCAAUUUCUCCUCUUCCUGCCUAGGGUUGUGAAUGCUGGCAUCUCAGACCAUUACUUCUGCAUCUUUCCCUGCCUGGAUUGUGGGGUCUUCUCCCCUCUCUACUGCCCUGACCCAGGGUGUGUGUGUGUGUGUGUGCGUGUGCGCGAGCGCGCAGGUCAGAACCUGCAGAAAGGAAGUUGGGGACAGUGUGCACGUGAGGAUUUCUAUCUGGGAUUUCUGGAAUGGGUAGCAUCAGUGUGCUGCAGUGUGCUUGCUCAGUGGUCUUGCUUUGAGCAUAACUCACUCCCCUUUCCCAAGCAUCACCGACCAGCAGAAAAAUUGUCCAUGCUGGAGGGAAGACCAAAGCCCUACCAGGACCUUUGGGAGGAAAUUUUCAGCUGUGUUCUUCUGGUUCCCUCUGGAGUGGCCUUCAUGUCUGUCCUGCCUCCUGUUAAAGAGACAGUCCUUGAGAUGAAAGAAAGCCUAGGACUGUGAUGCUGCAGUCACUUUCCAUACGAGCUGCUGACACAGGGGGCUAUGGUAAAAGAUAUUUUGGUGAAAAACGUAGCCCCAGAGAAGACUGUUUUUAAGGCAGAGGAGAUUCAGCACUAAGAGCCAUUUUUGCCUAGAGCAUUCGUGGAGGGAUCUGAAUCAAAAUGUAUCUGGGAGCUUAGGUGAGCGUCCAGGGUAAGAGCAGCUGUAGACUUAGAUGGUUAGAUCUAGAGGGAACUUGGAAGUGAUCUUACAGGGAAAGUGAGGUGGAGGGAGGGGUCUUGUGCUGCCCAUAUCCUAGCACUAGGAGCUGCUGGGAGCCUUAAGUGGAGGCCUGGAGGCAGGUGACCUUUGUAUUGCCUUUGGGACUCUCAGCCCCUGAGGGUCCAGGAUGAGGAACCACAGACCUAGGAAGUGAGGGGCAGAGCAUGAAGGAGCAAGGGCAGGAGGACAGGAACUGUUCCUGGGUCCCCUCCUCAUUCCAGCAACUCUGACAGAGGUUAGAGGACUCCUUUCUCCUGAGUCCUUCAUCCCCUCCUCUCCAAUGUGGCCACCAGUCAGGGCUGGGAUUCAGAGGGCUGUGCCGCUCUCGUGUUGAUGGUUAUAGGUAGGCCUUAAAGGCUAGGGAAUCUCCAGAGAGCGGCUAUGUAGACUAGUUUGCUUUUAAAGGGGAGAAGACUCAUGGAAGCCAGGGAAGGGAAGACAGGCCUUCAAAAAAGAAAAAAAAAAGAAAUUUCACUUUAAUGACACCAUUCAUCACUCAUUUUUUUAAUUAGGAAAAGCUCCCUAACGGGCCUCUUUUGACUCUCAAUUUCCACGUGAGCCAUUUUUGCCUAGAGCAUUAGUGGAGGCAUUGCUCACCGAACCAGAUCUUCCUCUAGUGUCCAAUUCAGUUUGCAGAAAAUGAGGAUUACCCAGUGCUAUGUGCUUCCCAGGGCUGGCUGCAAAUUGUUGAAUCUCCUCUGCCUUAAAAACAGUGCCCGUUAGUGAGCGGCCCCUCCAAGGACUAAGUAAAAAAACAAAACACUAGCCACAAUGUUGGUUUCUAAAUAUUUUUGUAUUGUGUACAUUCUGUAUAUUUUUGUUGUAACAUAUUAUUUGAGCACAGAUUCCA